AUGUGGCCUACUGAGACUGAGGCUUUAGAGGUGUAUGGAGAUGAUGAAGUCAAAUGUUUGUACAGUCACUUCAAACAGACACUAGAAUACAGAGGAUGCAAUGAAAUUGACACAUUAAUUGAAUGGAGAGCACUGAAGAAAAUAGUUCAAAAAAUAGAACAGACAGAAGGCCAAUCCCUGAAAUAUCUUGAUAUCUGGCAAAGAGUGAUGUUGGUGUUUGGAGACAAUUAUAAGUGUAUUCUCAUGCUUGUCAAGAUAGUUCGUCUCAUACCAUGUAGUACAGCACUUGAAGCUGAAUCUGUUCCUGAAAUAUCUGAACGCCAUGAGAUAAGUGCUGUGCCUACAUUUAUAUUUCUGAAGAAUUGUCAACAGCUAGACCGACUUGAUGGCGCUAAUGCACCAGAUCUCAACAAGAAAGUACAGCAUCAUGCCAGCAGCAUUGCAAGUCCAGCACCGCCAGCACCCGUAGAUACAAAAGAGGAUCUAGAUGCCAGACUUAAGAAGUUAACAAAUCAUGCGCCGUGUAUGUUAUUUAUGAAAGGAACGCCAGACGAGCCACGGUGUGGUUUCAGUAAACAAGUCAUAGCUAUACUUAAAGAAGAAAAAGCACAGUUCAGUUCAUUCAAUAUAUUAACAGAUGAGGAAGUGAGGCAAGGAUUGAAAAAGUUUUCCAAUUGGCCGACUUAUCCUCAGCUGUAUAUUGAUGGAGAGCUCAUUGGGGGACUGGAUAUCAUCAAAGAAAUGAAAGAGAACGGUGAACUGGAAUCUGUGCUCCCCAAAGCCACCAGUCUAGAAGAUAGAUUAAAGGCUUUGAUAAAUCAGGCUCCUGUAAUGCUUUUCAUGAAAGGAAACUCAGAGACACCCAAAUGUGGCUUCAGUAAUACUAUGGUUGGAAUAUUGAAAGAUAGCGGUAUAAAAUUUGAAACUUUUGACAUUUUACAAAAUGAAGAGGUUCGCCAAGGCUUAAAGAAAUAUUCCAAUUGGCCAACGUAUCCACAGCUGUAUGUAAAAGGUGAAUUGAUUGGAGGAUUAGACAUUAUCAAAGAACUCAAAGACACAGGAGAAUUAGAAAAUGUUCUACAGGGUUCUUAGAUAUGUUUGCCUUUUUCUAUCAAGCUUACUGACCCUGCCUCUGAUUUAUAAUUAUUUGCAAUGUAUCCAACAACUUGACUUUGCACUUGCUUCUCAUCUUUCAGCUAGACUCAAAACACUUAUUAUAACAUAACUUGGCUUGAAUCAAGUCAUGUAUCACCUAACUUGACUUGAAUGACAUAACUCUUGAAACUGAAUUCAAAAGCAGUAUGUGUGCAAGUGGCAGAAAGUAUGGUCAGCUCUCAUGAAGCAGUUUUAGUAUGGUCCUCUCAAAAUAAAAAAAGACUCAUUUUGAUGUGAAAAUCUUUUCUGGCUUUUCACAUUCUCAUUAAAACAAAUCUGAGAUCUGAUUUACUUAUUAUAAGUCAACCACAAAGUAAAUAAAAUAUUAAAUUUGGGGACUAUUUUAAGCAUAUUCAUAUAACUAAAGUAUAAUACUAUGUUUGCUCUAUUAGCAGUAUUUGCACCUAUGUAAAUAACGUGUUAGAAUAAAUAAAUUUAGUGUGAGUUAAGUGCAUCUAAAAUGUGACCAACAUUUUUGUCUAACAUGCCUUUAAUAUUAAAGAUGCACUCUGCUAAUAUAGCAAAUGUGGUAAUUAUUUGAUUAUAUUUGCAUAUUUUUCAAGAUUUUGCAUGCUGGAUGAUCCAUUUAGAUGUAUUAUUUCACAUCUAAAUUGGUAAUGCAGUUGACAUACUGUAGUAAAUUAAAUAGUGUGAAAACUGUCAUUAACUGGUAUUUACAUAUACACAGAAAUAUAUCAUAACAGAGCCUUAAUUCAAAAAUAUGUCAUUCUCCUUAUUUGCGUUAAAUAUCAAUAAUGUGCCGUAGAUGAUAUAACUGUUGUAAAUUAGGACAAUCGUACACCACCUUUGGCUUUGGCCACUCCAUACCUUGUUUAUAUGCGAGUCUUUGUGUAAUGAACACUUUCACCCAGCAGAUCUAGACGUAACUAUUUCAGAUUCAGUUUUUUUGUUUUUCAUUACUUAUACUCAGUUUCAAUGAGACAAACAAGUUUGAAUUAGACACUGGAAUUUGUUGAUAAAAAGUGUGGCAAUUUGUACAUGUACCAGUAAUUAACAAAAAGUUAGUUAUCAAAAGAGGAUAACUUUGUAAUCAUAGCAAUGUCAUAGAUUGUGUUAGGAUACCAGUUUAGGUGUAAAUGAGAAUUGAGUACACUCAGUCAUUGUAUCGUAAGGAUGGAUAUGGCAAAUUAAUUUUGCUAAGUUAUGAUUGGUCAUUUGGGGUAACCAACUAAAUUUUUAAAUUACAAAUAUUAGCUGUAUAUAUUUUGAUCAAUUUUCAAAUGAAAAUAGACACAAGUAAUAGGGCUCACAACUGUAUGAGCAAAUCUGUCAUUAUUUCCAUGAAACAAGCUUUUUAUUUAAUAUAUUUCAUUUUUAUGAUGGAAUUUUUUGCAAAAAAAAGUCCAGAAUUUGUAGUGCUUCUAUACUUUCCACAUUUGUACCAGUUAGCCAUGUCCAUCCUUCAGUUGCAAAUUGUGUUUGGAACGUAAAAAUUUCAUAAAAGAACAUAUCUACCAGUGUGCUGGUUAGACCAAUCAGAGUAGUUGUUGCAAAUAAUUCCUUGACAGUAUGGUAUUUAUGAUUGGCCUAUUUAUUCUGCCAAUAGCUAAUCAGAGCAGGUGAUAUAGAUGAGCCCUCCUCCCUCCUUGUGUUCAGUGAUUGGUUUAUUUAUCCUAUUAGUUUUUACAUACAAUUGUUCAACAAAUAGUUGUACCAAAUAAAGUAAUACCACU